AUGGGAAAUCCACAUUUUCUUGCAAUCCCAUACCCAAUUUUAGGACAUAUGAAUCCCCUUAUGCAAUUUUCUCAUAUUUUGGCCAAACAUGGUUGCAAAAUCACUUUCUUGACUUCAGAUGAAAACUACAAUAAAAUGAAGACAACUUCAAUUAUUGGUGGGAAGGGGAAAAUAAUGGAAUCACACAUAAAUUUAGUGUCUCUCCCAGAUGGUGUGAAUCCUCAAGAUGAUAGAAAAGAUGUGGCCAAAGUUAUUUUGUCCACAAAAACAACUAUGAGUGCAAUGCUUCCUAAGGUCAUAGAAGAGAUAAAUAAUAUUAAUUGUGACAAUAAGAUUUCUUGUAUUAUUGUCACUAAAAAUAUGGGAUGGGCCUUGGAAGUUGCACACCAAUUGGGAAUUAAAGGGGCUCUUUUCUGGCCAGCUUCAGCAACUUGUUUGGUCUCUUUUAACUCCAUGGAGAGCCUUGUUGAGGAAGGAAUUAUAGAUUCGCAAAAUGGACUUCCAAAGAAAGAGGAAAUUCAACUUUCAACAAAUUUGCCUAUGAUGGAAGCAGCUGCCAUGCCAUGGUAUAACUUACAUAAUGCCUUCUUCUUCCUUCAUAUGAUGAAAGAGAUGCAAAAUAUGAAUUUAGGAGAGUGGUGGCUUUGUAACACUAGUAUGGAUCUUGAGGCUGAAGCAAUUUCCUUAUCACCAAAGUUCCUACCAAUUGGCCCAUUAAUGGGAAAUGAACAUAACAUUAUGGGUUCUUUAUGGCAAGAAGAUGAAACAUGUCUUGAAUGGUUAGACCAAUAUCCACCUAAGUCUAUCAUAUAUGUUUCAUUUGGUAGUUUGAUAUCAAUUGGGCCAAACCAAUUCAUAGAACUAGCUCAUGGGCUUGAUCUCCUUAAAAGGCCUUAUCUUUGGGUUGUACGUAAAGAUAAGGGUGAUAAUGAGGUAAAAAAUUCACACCCAAAUGAAUUAAAAGGUAAUCAAGGUAAAAUUAUUGAUUGGUCACCACAAAAGAAGAUUUUGUGCCACCCUUCAAUAGCAUGUUUCAUUACACAUUGUGGUUGGAAUUCUACUAUAGAAAGUGUGUGUAAUGGGGUGCCUAUGUUGUGUUGGCCAUUCUUUAGUGAUCAACUAAUGAACAAGACAUAUAUUUGUGAUGUGUGGAAGGUUGGAUUGGGAUUUGAAAAAGAUGAAAAUGGAUUAAUAACAAAGGAAGAGAUAAAGAAGAAGGUGGAUGAAUUACUUGAAGAUGAGGAAAUAAAAGAGAGAUGUUUGAAAUUAAUGGAAAUGGUAGUGAAGAACAAAGGAGAAGGGGAUAAUAAUUUAAACAAGUUUAUCAAUUGGGCCAAGGAAUAAGAAAAUUCACACUUUUUGUUGUUGAUACAAUAGAAUACUGAAAUUGAGCACACACUUGCAAUGCCAAUUUCACAUUUAAAAUAAAUGAAAAUGAGGAAGAAUGGGAAGCGAAUGUAGGUUAUGUUAAUCAAGUUAUGUAUACUAUUUUUUUUUUGACAAAGUUAUCUAAACUUAUAUAUUAAGGGGUUCCAAACUUUGGUUAAA